GGGAGUGUGCACCUGCCCACCAGUCGAGCUCAGCCAGACUGCAAGACGAGGCGGAGCAAGUGGAGGGAGUGAGUGAACCAUGGACAAGUUGAAGUGCCCCAGCGUCUUCAAGUGCAGAGGGAAGGAGAAAGUGACGGCUUCAUCUGAGAAUUUCCAUGUUGGUGAAAAUGAUGAGAAUCAGGACCGUGGUAACUGGUCCAAAAAAUCGGAUUAUCUUUUGUCUAUGGUUGGAUAUGCAGUAGGAUUGGGGAAUGUGUGGAGAUUCCCAUAUUUGACCUACAACAAUGGCGGAGGUGCCUUCUUGAUACCUUAUGCAAUUAUGCUAGCAUUGGCUGGUUUACCUUUAUUCUUCCUGGAGUGUUCCCUGGGACAAUUUGCUAGCUUAGGUCCAGUUUCGGUUUGGAGGAUUCUUCCAUUGUUUCAAGGUGUGGGAAUUACAAUGGUCCUGAUAUCCAUUUUUGUGACCAUAUAUUACAAUGUCAUAAUUGCCUAUAGUCUUUACUACAUGUUUGCUUCUUUUCAAAGUGAACUACCAUGGAAAAGUUGUUCUUAUUGGGCAGAUAAAAACUGUAGCAGAUCACCUAUAGUAACUCACUGUAAUGUGAGUACCAGAAUAAUGGAGAUCAUCCAAGUGAAUAAAAGCUGGGCAGAUGCCAACAAUUUAACCUGCAGAAAUGGAAGUGAAGUUUAUCAGCCAGGGCAGCUUCCCAGUGAACAAUAUUGGAACAAAGUGGCACUCCAACGCUCAAAUGGAAUGGAUGAGACUGGAGAAAUUGUGUGGUAUUUGGCACUUUGUCUUCUUCUGGCUUGGCUCAUAGUUGGUGCAGCACUAUUUAAAGGAAUCAAGUCUUCUGGGAAGGUGGUAUAUUUCACAGCUAUUUUCCCCUAUAUUGUCUUAUUCAUCCUGUUAAUACGAGGUGCAACUCUGGAGGGUGCAUCAAAGGGCAUUUCAUACUAUAUUGGAGCACAGUCAAAUUUUACAAAACUUCAGGAAGCUGAGGUUUGGAAAGAUGCUGCCACUCAAAUAUUUUACUCCCUUUCAGUGGCUUGGGGUGGUUUAGUUGCUCUAUCAUCUUACAAUAAGUUCAAUAACAACUGCUUCUCAGAUGCCAUUGUGGUUUGUUUGACAAACUGCCUCACUAGUGUUUUUGCUGGAUUUGCUAUUUUUUCUAUAUUGGGACACAUGGCUCAUAUAUCUGGAAAGGAAGUCUCUCAAGUUGUAAAAUCAGGUUUUGAUUUGGCAUUUAUUGCUUAUCCAGAAGCUCUAGCCCAACUCCCAGGUGCGCCAUUUUGGUCCGUAUUAUUUUUCUUCAUGCUUUUGACUUUGGGUCUUGACUCUCAGUUUGCUUCCAUUGAAACAAUUACAACAACGAUUCAAGAUUUAUUUCCUAAAGUGAUGAAGAGAAUGAGGGUUCCCAUAACUUUGGGUUGCUGCUUGGUUUUGUUUCUCCUUGGUCUCGUCUGUGUCACUCAGGCUGGAAUUUACUGGGUUAAUCUGAUUGACCACUUCUGUGCUGGAUGGGGUAUUUUGAUUGCAGCUAUCCUGGAAAUAAUAGGAAUCAUCUGGAUUUAUGGGGGUGCCUAUGCAGCCGAGAUAUCCCUUCUGAUUCUCAACUGCCACACAAGGGCAAUUUUGAUCUGGUCACUUGUGAAAUUCCAGAGACCUGUUUAUGCUGGAAUUCCAUACCCAAACUGGGGAGUUGCUCUAGGCUGGUGUAUGAUUAUUUUCUGCAUUAUUUGGAUUCCAAUUAUGGCUAUCAUAAAAAUAAUUCAAGCUAAAGGAAACAUCUUUCAACGCAUUGUAAGUUGCUGCAGACCAGCUUCUAACUGGGGUCCGUACUUGGAACGACAUCGUGGGGAGAGAUAUAAAGACAUGGUAGACCCUAUCAAAGAGACUGAUCAUGAAAUACCUACUGUCAGUGGCAGUGGAAAGCUAGAAUGAGAUCUAAUUUUUAAAAACAUGCACUUGUGUAAUAUGAUUAGCUUAGAAUAGAAGAAAAUUUUAUUUAUUUGUAUGUUAAUCAAGUAGAAAAAUGUAUAUAUUGUGCUCAUAAUAGUAGAACAAGCUUUUUUCCCAAUUUAAGCAGGAAUGUAUAUCAAAAUGUGAAUCUACUCAUGUUUAGCAAUGUGUUUAUUAAAUUUCUUUUUAGAUUAUCUAUCUGGAUAACACACACACUGCUGUCUCUAUUUCACAAUAACAUUUUUGUACAUAUUACCAUAAUAUUUUUCUAAUGUAUUGACAGCAUUAUUUUGAGCUGGUUAUUCAGAAAAUAGUUAUAUUUUAUAUUAUGCAAGUUUUUAAAUAUUACUUGCUUAUAUUUUCUUGGUACACAGUCUUUCUUUUCUAUAAAGCUGGAGAAAAUAAAUCACAUAUUUAAAAAGAAGUGUUAAAAUUGAAAGCCUCACUUAAUUAGAAAUGUCAUAAAUACAUGGGGAAAAUGGAUUAUGUAUAUAAUAUGAAGACUGUAUUUUAAUACUUUUGAUCCAAUAUGUCAAAAAACUUCAUGUAGUUAUGGCCCACUUUUUCUAUGUGAACUUAGUAGUUAUGUUCUUUAUUUACAAAUAGUGAAAUAAGAUAGAAAAAUAAGGAUCCUAUGGCCAGUAAGUUGUAAAUACAGAAAAUGGAAUCGAGAAUCUUUGAGUACUUCUUUCCCUAUAUGAUGUAUCCCUUAAGUUAUAUUUAGAAAAGUAUGACCCAUUUAAUUUAUACUGUAUUUUACAAAAUUAAGUUCAUUAUACUCUCUGAAAUCUAAGUUUAAUUUUAAAUAGAACAUAGAACAAAAUACUAAGAGUAAAUUGCUUUAAUCAAAUAUAAGAUCUUAUGUUGUAAUAUAGUUAGUAGAUCAAGUAGAGUGAUUUUUGUCUUAUUGAAUAAGUUACUACUACAGCUGGUAACUUAUUUACAUACUUAUAGGAGAUAAACUUGUUAAACUUGUCAAGAACAAGAGAAGCCAAAUUACAAAGUCCUAUGCCCAAGUUUCCUUACAAAAGAUUAAACUUUAUUAUAUCACUAAUUGUUUUAUACACUGAUUACAUGUCAACAAUUGGUUUAAGCAUCACAGCCUAGUAAUAUGAACAUUGCCACAAUAUGUAAGAAACUUUUCAGCUGUUCUUAAGGUUCUUAACCUGGGCUUCAGAGAAUGUAUAGAACUGCAAUUAUAUGUAAUAUUUUCCAUGAACAUGAAUUUUUCUAGAGGGAGAGUCCAUAGUUUUUAUCAGAAUAUCAAAGGGAUCUGUAACUCUAAACAGUUUAAGAAUCACAUAUGCCACUGCUGGCUUUUGUUCUUGGCAAGUAAGGAAUAAAAGGGAUAAUUUUAAACCUUCAUUUCUUAUACAUUUCAAUUUUUUCCCUUUUGAUGGAAAGACUAAAGUAGAAAGUGAUUAAGGUAUUUCUUCUAUUUAUACUGGUAAUUUGUUUUGGAGAAGAGGCAUGAAAAUAGAUAAAUAUGUAGGCCUGUAAUUGAACAAUCUCAGUGAGUUACAUACAUGUGUAUAAAAGGUGAAUUCAUGUUAGAUAUUUUGAGGUUUUUCUUUGAGAGUAGGUCAAAUGCUGUUAGUGAACUUGGACAGAUUGUUAAUUCCUCAGUUACCCUGGAUUUUAUAAAAUGUUAUAUGAAAUAGAUGGGUGACUAGAGCUUAGAAACAUUUCUUUCUUAAUUUUAGUGCAUAUUACAUCACAUGGCAUUAUAAUUUGGUGCUAUUUGAGGUGUGACUUUUUCACCAAGUAGAAAAAUGCAUUCAGUUUUCUAUAGGUGAGUCUUGCAAUUCAGAAAAGAUUGAGGUACAUUUCUAAUGAAAUACUAUCUAAUUGGAUGUGUGGGGGUCAAGAGCUGACCAUGAAGAGUGUGUGUGUGACUAUUUUCACAAGGGUGUAAAACACAGAUCUUAACAGAGUGCCUGGUGUAUUUUAGAGUGCUCAAUAAUAGCUCUUAUUAUUAUACAGAUUCCACAGUGGUAAGAAAGAGUAUUAUGCAUAAUUGAAAGUAUCCCAUCAAAUCCUGUUUACUUUAAUGCAAACUUGGAAACAUAUUCAGUAGUAUAUUAUAAACCAUUGGAGAAAAAUGUUUUUCACACUUGAGUGAAAUUAAAAUCACUAUAUGUCAACUAUAUUCUCUUGACUCUAGCUUAUUAAAAAAACCUUUUGAAUGAC